AUGUCGUCUAAUAACUAUCAAAGGCCUAGUGAGAGAUCAACACCAAAGAAAGCUGGAAUUCAUGAGAUUGACGCCAUAUCUGCGUUAACUACGCAAAUUUCUACUCUGUCUAAACAACUUGGACCUCAUCAUGGCAAUGAGUGUGGAGCUGGUCCAUUCACACCACCAUUCGAACAAGCGAACCAAGUCUUUGAUUUUAACCGACAACGGAAUAACCUUUACUCUAACACUUAUAACCCGGGAUGGAAGAACCAUCCGAAUUUUUCAUGGAGUAAUAACCAAAAUGUACAAGGACCUCCAACUGGUUUCACACCUCAAGAAAAGAAGCAUGGAUUGGAAGAUAUAAUUACUCAACUUGCUGGAAAUGUCAACAUUCUCUCCGUCAAUACAAAUCAAUUUAUGAGCAAAACCGAGACGACCCUUCAGAACCAAGCUGCCUUUAUCCAAAAUUUGGAGGUUCAAAUGGGCCAGCUAGCUAAUGUAUUGACAGGAAGAGUAAAUGGGGCUUUGCCAAGCAAAACUGAGAUUAUUCCGAAAAGCCAAGAACAUGCGAAAGCGAUAACUCUUUGGAAUGGGAGGCCAAUAAAAACAGCAGUAGACUUAGAUGAAGAAAAGAAUAUUCAGCAGCAAACUACAGAGAAAUCAGAAAUUACUAGCGUGCCGCCGUUGCCGUCUACCACCGCUAGAACUGCUACACAACUUGAUGAAAUUUCUGCAUAA